AUGAUUGAAAUCGAACAAGAGAACAAACAUAUAAGAGCAGGCUCUGGGAAGAUUUUAUUAGCAAAGACUUUUGCUCGGCUUGUUAAUGUUCCUUUUGUCAUUGAUGAUGCAACUACACUGACUCAGGCUGGUUAUGUUGGUGACGAUGUUGAAUCAAUCCUUCAUAAGCUAUUAACGGUCGCUGAGUUCAAUGUGCAAGCAGCACAGCAGGGAAUAGUCUACAUUGAUGAAGUUGAUAAGAUAACCAAGAAGGCUGAGAGUUUAAACAUUAGCAGGGAUGUUUCUGGUGAAGGUGUCCAACAGGCACUUUUGAAAUUACUAGAAGGCACUAUCGUAAAUGUUCCAGGAAAUGGAGCAAGGAAGCAUCCACGGGGUGACCAUAUACAGAUCGACACAAAAGAUAUUCUCUUUAUCUGUGGAGGAGCAUUUGUUGACCUUGAAAAGACCAUUGUUGAUAGACGACAAGACUCAUCAAUUGGUUUUGGAGCUCCUGUUCGUGCGAACAUGGCUACCAGUGGAGUGACCAGUGGUGCAUUAACGUUAUCUUUGCUAGAAUCGGUUGAGAGUGCCGAUCUGACAGCAUAUGGCCUUAUACCGGAGUUUGUAGGACGCUUUCCCAUAUUAGUUAGUUUGUCAGCUCUAACAGAAGACCAGCUCAUUCGGGUAAAGCUGCAUUUUACUGAGAAAGCGCUUGAGAUAAUUUCCAAGCAAGCGAUGGUGAAGAAUACAGGUGCGAGGGGACUAAGAGCCUUACUUGAAAGCAUUCUUACUGAAGCCAUGUUUGAGAUGAUAAAAAGGGAGAUGAAAGAAUCGACGCGGUUAUUGUAGAUGAGGAAUUAACAGGCUCAGAAGCUUCUCGUGGUUGCACAGCAAAAUUACUUAAAGGAGACGGGGCUUUUGAGCGGUACCUCAGCGAGAACAAGUCAAAAGAUGCUACAGAAGCAACGGUUGACGAAAGAGUGGGAUCGGCGAGAGCAAUGCGGUUGUAAAAUAUAAUGAGAGAAGAAGGGUUUUAACAUGCAGAGUUUCUUGAUUAUUUUGUAAAGAACAGCAUUCAGAAGUUUUACAGAUCUGAUCUAGGUUUUUUUCUUUGUUUUACGGUACUUGGAGGAUACUUGAUUGGGCGUAUAACUGGUAAAAUCGUACGAGUUAUUUCUACUUCGUCCUGGUGAUUGGAUUUGAAGCUUGAAGCAAUCGUCGAGGUAUGUAAAACUCUGUGUUCUCGAUUUCAAUUUCUGUUUUUGGUUUUGUUUUCUGAGUUGUGGAUGAUUGAAAUCGAACGAGAGAACAAAUGUGUAUGAACAGCUCUCGUAGAUGAGAUCGUUUCACAAUUGACAAUUUUAUUGGGAUUCUGUAAUCAAGAUGAUUUCAAUUUCUGGUUUUUGUUUUUUUUUUUUUUGUUGGUUUUGUUUCUGAAUUUUGGAGGAUUGAAAUCGAACUAGAGAACAAGUUCUUUUCGAUGAGUUUGUUUCAAUAGGAUUUCAAAACCUUUUUAAUCGU